AUGGUCUCAGACCGGGGUCCUCAAUUCAUCUCACGUGUGUGGAAGGCCUUCUUCCGUCUCCUGGUAGUGACUGUGAGCUUGCACAGCUGGGCCCACUUCCUCCCCUGGGCCGAUUAUGCACAGAACUCCCUCCGACAGAAGACCAUCGGCCUGACCCCCUUCCAGUGCAUACUCGGCUACCAGCCCCUGCUCUUCCCAUGGAUGGAAGGGCCCUCUGAGGUUCCAGCUGUGGACUACUGGUUCCGAGUGAGCAAGAGAGAGUGGGACUCAGCUCAUGUCCACCUACAGCGAGCAGUUGCUGAGGCACAAGGCCUUCGCAGAUGCCCGGUGUACCUCUACUCCCACUUACCAGCCUGCAGAGAAGGUCUGUCCACCCGGGAUCUGUGCCUCCACCUGCCCUUUACCGAAUUCACCCCUCAUUCCACGUUUCACUCCUCAAACCAUGUUCUUCUUCCACCGCAGAACCCACCGAGCCGGAAGCACCUCCUCCUCCAGAAAACCCUUGACGAGCCCUCCGUCUACCAGGUCAGGGACAUUCUGGAUUUGCGGCGACGGGGCGGCCGAUUGGAAUAUCUAGUCAACUGGGAAGGAUACAAACCAGGGGAGAGAUCCUGGGUGGCCCGGGACGAUGUACUAGACCCAUCCCUGCUAGAGGAGUUCCACCGCACCCAUCCAGAUCGUCCCGCACCCCGAGGUCGAGGCCGCACGCAUCGCCACAUGAGGGUGUCAGGAGCCGCCUCUGGAGGAGGGGAAGCUCCAUCGUCUCCACGAUCCCAAUCUCCAGUGAUCCCCGUUCACCCCUGGAUACCUGCCAAGGAAAUACCUGCAAUUACCAAGAGCUAAGAACCCAGAACUCUCUUUAUCAUCUCGUACUCACCUGCCCUCAGUCUCAUUGCACUCCGAAUUGCCAAUAAACCCAUCUGUUUGCACUUUUACCUUGUGUCUCAUAUGGGGUGCAAAGGUUUAUAUAUACAUAUUUUUUAAAGCAUACCUUUAAUUUUGAACUAUAUCAUGCUAGUGACGUGCUGCUGCUUCUUUUUCAUCAUUGGGCUUGAGUGUUUCCUUUAAAAAUAAUAAUAAUAGGAUAAAACAUGUAAAUACUACUGAUUUGAGUGAUGUACAGUGGAAAGAAAAAAGCACCACAUUCCCUCCUGAGACCCAGAAAAUUUUUUAGGAAAAAAUUAGUAUUUUUUCCAUGUCAUUACAUU